AUGUACCCAGACGUCGGCCUCAAUCUCGUCCAGAUCGGACGGUACCGCCCACUCGACCUUGCAGUUGCCUGCUGUCAUAGCGACAUCGUGGCGCGGCUACUCACUGCGGGCGCCGACAUUUACAACGGAGAGUCCAGCACCUUGGUUCACAUUGGCAUCAUUCGCUACGACUCGAAAGCCGCCGCCGCCAUCACGGCCAUGUUCAACAAUGACGACAGCGCGAUGGAAGGGGCCUUGCGAGGUGCCUGGGACGACGUCCUUGGUGUGCUGACGCCCGUCGACGACUAUGAUCUUACCGAGACGUCGCCCACCGGCGAAACACUGCUGCAGCUCGCAUGCGCCGCCAACGCGAUCGCUGUCGUUCGCCACUUGUGCACGCAUCCGCGCUGCCAUGAGAUUGUCAACGCCGCCAGAAAUGACACGCGACCGGCACUGCUGUCGGCCGUGCUGGCGGGCGCCACCGAGAUCGUCUCGAUGCUCUUGGCGACGUUUGGCGAUGUGAUUGAUGUGAAUGCCAUCUACUGGGUCAAGGAAUCGGCGCAAUGGCCGCUUAGGGAAGCAAUCCUCAAGGAGCACACGGAGAUUGCGCUGCGCUUGCUCGACCAUCCGCGCAUCGACAUCAACCUCGUGAACCAGCAUGGCUCGACAGCCUUCCUAAGCGCGUGCUGGUGCAAUUGCCUCCCUGUCGUCGAGCGAUUGCUGGCGAUGCCAGGCCUCGACACGAGCAUCGUGUCCAAGUCGGGUCGCACGCCCUUUACGUGCGCCUGCUGCGAUGACCACGCGGCCAUUGUCCGCGUGCUGCUGGACCAGAACGCUGUCGCCGACCUCAACGUUCAAGACCAUGCCGGUAUGUCGGGCUUUAUGUGGCUCUGCUUUCACAACCAAGUCGACGCCAUCAACGAGCUCAUGGACGUCGUCGACCUCAACCUCCGAUGCAUCAAUGGGCUCACGGCCCUCGACUACGUCAGUCGCCAUCUCUCGUGCGGUGCUCCAAGGGAAAAUGUCGCUCUCUUGACGCUCACACAGAGCCUCCUUGCUCGGGGUGCCACGUUUGGAACCCGAGCCCAGUCAACGAUCUGUCGCCAAGUGUGUCAAGACGACGAGGUCAACCUUGCAGAGCUCGCAUGGUAUAUGCAUUUUGAUGCCCUCGACCAAACCAUUCGAGACGGCGCGUUCACAGGCGACAUCAACCGCAUUUACAAGGUAUAA